AUGCCUUCCAUGGCCACUGAGGAUUUAGAGCAGCAGUAUGGCCAUGGCCGCAAGCGCACUGAUCAUGAAGAUGAAGGCGACGACUCGAAACUGUACGAGUUCAAGGAGCAGAUCUUGCUUCUGUCGACUCUGGUGGCGACGGUGACGUACGUCGCCGGGCUGAACCUGCCGGGUGGGUCCUGGGAGCAGGACAACCCGGAAGGGCGCAUGGCCGGCGAUCCGAUCCUACGGGAUACCCAUUACCGUCGGUACCUUUCCUUCUACUACUGCAACGCCACCGCGCUCGCCGCGUCGCUCGUGGUCUCCCUCAUCGUCAUCGUCCUGCCGAAGAAGAAGCAUUACUGGACAGUGGCGCUGCGGAUGGUGAUGAUGCUCGACCUACUCGGCCUCAUGGGAGCCUACGGUGCUGGGAGCUGCCGGGACGCAUUCACAACCAUCUAUGCGGUGGUAAUCUUCUCCUCUUUGGUGUUGAUCAUCAUCUUUGUUUUCCUCUACGUCUGGUGCACGGUCAAGGUCAGUACCACCACCAAUGGAGAUGGUGUGGUCCCUGACUCUAACCCCACCGCCAAUGGGAACGGUGGGAUCCCUGAGUCCAACGGCACCAACAAUGGGGAUGGUCGGGUCCCUGACUCCAGUGGUGAUGACGAUAAGGUCCACUCCAACUCCACUUCCAAAGCCAUGAAGCGACUCAAGAUGUUGCUCAAAAUAAAGCGAGCCAAGACGAAGAUGCACGCGUUGAUUGUACUCACAGACCCCGCCAGGAAACGAGCUGAGAAGGAGCAGAUCAAUGUGUUAAUGUUACUGGCAACCUUCGCAGUCACCAUCACAUAUGUCGCCGGGCUGAGCCCACCUGGUGGGUUCUGGACCAGCACCCAAGACGGGCACCUUUUGAGCGACCCGGUGUUACAAGCCCGUGGCCGGUACCGUUCCUUCUUCGUUUGCAACACCACUUCGUUCGCUGUGUCCCUGCUCAUCAUCGUGCUGCUCUUGGAGAGGAAGCUGCUCAAGGAGAAGCUGAGCAAGAACUUCAUGUUCACUGUAGGAUGGUUCAAGGUAGGAUUGGCGGCGCCCUACGUGUUGAUCGCUGUUGCUCUGUUGGGCCUUAUGGGGGCCUAUGCUGCCGGGGGCUGCAGGGAGUCUGACAAUACCGCUCUUGUCCUUGCGGUCCCUGCCGGCGUAUGCCUACUGCUGGGGUUUGUUACUUACUACAAAAAUGGUUGGAAACUACUCACGGACAAGCUUCAUGAUGUUUCAACGCGCUUCAGGAAGCUGGUUGGCAUUCCUUCAGGCACCUGCCGAGGCACGAAUGAACUACACCAACAGAACACCCGCUAUCUUGUUAUGCUCCUUGCUACUCUUGUGGUGACCAUCACAUAUCAAGCAGGACUAGAUCCACCCGGAGGCCUUUGGCUAGAUAACCGGGAUGGGCACAAGAUCAGCCACCCAGUCCUCCAAAUGACACAUCCUACUCGGUAUAGAGUGUUCUUCUAUAGCAACUCGGCAGCUUUCGUCACAUCCUUGGUCGUCAUCAUGAUGCUCCAGAGCAAGUUUCUGCUCAACCGGCACACACUGGAAGCAACCCUGGUGCUGGACCUAUUCGGCCUCGUUACUGCCUAUGGUGCUGGGAGCACUAGGGAUGUAAACACAUCCAUCUAUAUCGUCGCCCUGGCAGGGCUCGUCCUCGUCUACGUGAUAGUGCAUAUCACCAUAAGAGACCAUGCACCUGAGCCAGCGGGUGAUCAUGCAGUAAAGGAUCUGGAUGACAAGCGCAAGGUGCUGCUGCUGGUUGCUAUCUUGGCUGCUACCCUCACCUACCAAGCUGGCCUCACCCCACCUGGUGGCUUCUGGUUAGUGGAUGACCGAGAGCUUGGUCGCCGUGCAGGUUUCCCAAUCCUGCAUGACAAUUACCCUCGCCGUUACAAUGCAUUCUUCUACUGCAAUGCGACAAGCUUCAUGGCGUCUAUAACCCUCAUUCUUCUUCUCGUCAAUCCGAAGCUAUACAGGCCAGGUAUACGUUGUUAUGCGCUCUACGUAUGCAUGUUGGUGGGUAUGUUUGGCCUCAUGGGUGCCUAUGCUUCUGGAAGCUCUCGACAACUCAAAACAUCCAUCUAUGUAUUAACCUUGGUUGGCAUGGUCCUAGUCUUUAUAGCCUCCCUAGUAGCCAUUUUCUGGUUCAUCAUCAAAUCCCGAGCUCGUAGACAUAGGCAAGAUGAAGCAGUUCAUAGCAAUGGUGGCAUGAAAAUCAUCAGCAACACCAGUACUAGAACCAUCAUUAGCACUAGUGCCGCCACCGCCACCACUACCACAACCACCAUCACCAUCACCACCACCACCACCCGCAGCAUCAGCAGCGACAACUCAACCAGCAGCAGUACCAACAGCAGCAACAGAGAGAAAGAAACCGUUGAAUACUUGAUGUUGCUAGGAAUCCUGGGUGCAAGUAUGACAUACCAGGUUGGCCUAAAACCACCAGGAGGUCUGUGGCAAGACAACAACAACGAACACUUUGCUGGCUACCCCGUCCUCCACGACAUCAACAAGCAUCGGUACGCUGUUUUCUUCUACAGCAACUCCACUUCCUUCAUGGCCUCAGUCGUUGUUAUUGUCCUGCUCCUUCCAUGGACGACAUUAUUCCAGAAACGCAAACCGCCACUCUGGCUAAUGCAUAUUGCCAUUUUGCUGGACAUGGUUGGUCUCCUAGUGGCCUACGCAGCAGGCAGUACUAGGAAAUGGGGAGCAUCCAAAAACGUCAUAUUCCUUGUCAUCCCUGUGUUAGCCUACAUCGCAUUCUACGCAUUAGCGUCAGUGUUCUUCCGCAGAGAAAACGGAAGUUGGUGGAAACGCUUGGCUUCCUGGUGGUUUAGGAAACCAGCAGUACUAGGAAGUAGGAAGGGUGCAAAUAUGUCCUCAUCAUCCGGAUGUUGCCCUACAGAGUCUUCUUCUGUGGGAAUUACCGAAGUGGCGAUAUCAAGCCCUGUAUAA